AUGAAGGUAACCCUUUUCGAACCUCCGCCGAAGGAUCCGUCCAAGUCUCAUAUAGAGAAUAUCCUCGAGCUGACGCCCGUAUCUGACUUUGGGCCGGACGUGUUCACGAACACCCGUCCACUGUGGCAUCCGCCGGGUGCCCGUGGAAUCUAUGGUGGUGCUGCUAUCGCUCAAUGUCUUGCUGCUGCCCAAUUAACCGUUGGCCCUGAAUUUUCACCGCACAGCAUGCAUUGCUAUUUCGUGCUGGCCGGUGACUCUGAAAUUCCCAUCAUAUACCAUGUCGAACGGGUCCGGGAAGGACGGUCCUUUGCGACUCGAACCGUGCAAGCACGCCAAAGGGGCCAACCCAUUUUCACCACGACGAUAAGUUUCGACCGUGAGGGAGGCGGUGGCAAGAAAAAAGUCGAGCAUAGCACGAAGAAACCGGAUGUAGCACUGCCACCUUCGAACGGGAAUACUGUCGACAGAGGCCCUUUUGAGACGAGAAGGGCUGGUAUUCUUAAUAGAACCUCCCCCAACGCGGAGCAAAAAGCAAUCCACCAAUUCAUCCGCGCGCGAGGCACCAUCACUGGCGGCCGGAAAGCCCACCUUUCUGCGUUAGCAUACAUGUCCGAUAGCUACUUCAUCGGCACCGUUGCGCGGGUCCAAAACAUUCCCCGUUUCGCAUCCCCCAGUGCCCUAAAAGCAGCCAUCUGCAAGCUGAAAAACCCUUCCGAUCUGGACAGCGAGGAAAUCGAGAGAUCCACCAUGGAGCUUGCGCGGCAAGAAGCUGCCGAAUUUUCGGCUGGGUAUGCGCAACAACACAGUGGGGAUGCUUCGCAUGAACCACCGCGGAAGAUGGGCAUGAUGGUCAGUUUGGAUCAUACAAUCUACUUCCACAGUCGUGGAGGGUUUAGGGCCGACGAAUGGUUGUUCACCGAAAUGACAAGUCCAUGGGCAGGCGACGAGAGGGGACUGGUUAUGCAGAGGAUCUGGGCGCAAGAUGGGACGUUGGUGGCUACAUGUGUGCAGGAGGGCGUUGUGCGCUUGAAACAAGACAGUCCCAACAAGGCAACAAAACUGUAAGCAGCAAUCAAUCGCACGUUAUGCCUGAAUGCUUGGAAUUUUCUCCUUUUUUCUUUUUUUCUAUGUUUCCAUUUGCGAUGCCAUAUUGCCGUCUUCUGAACACUGCUUUUUUCCUUGCUCUUGGGUUCGUAGAGGUUCGUGGAUAGACAACUCUUUGUGUACAUAGUUUUUUUAUCUAUUUUCUUGUGCGGUUUGUGAUAUAUCACAAGACUUGGUUGGCAUCGAUUGCUAUCCCCUUUUUUUCAUUUUUCUUGUUCUGUAUUACUUCUCAUUGUGGCUAUUACAUGCACAAGGUUGGAAUGUUUGAUUUUCUUAUUUUCCAAUUUUUCAUUCUCUUCUUUAUUUGGGGGUGUGUUGGAUGACAUUUUCCCAAUCUCUGGCCCUAUCCAUCCAAGCUUAUAUGCACUAUUAUUUCUCGCAUUUUUCACCACAAUAUUGCUACUUAUGACCACAUAAACGACAUGAUAUUUGCACUGCCUCUGGCAGGAGGAAAAUUCCCUAAAGAU